GUUUUUCUAGAUGUGGCAAUGGUUGCACAAUAUUAGCUUCCCGCAAUAGGAUACUUUGAUUUAAAAGCAAAUAGAAAUUUCCAAAGUUUAUCAAUCUAUUUUCUUUUUUAAGCUUCUACCUUUGCCUGCACUUGCACACGUUUCUGAGCACCCAAGAAGCUUCCAACAUGGGCUGUUCCCCUACUCAUUUUUCUGCCAUAGUUUUCAUUCUGUCUGUCCUUAAGGCCUAUGCCUCAGACAGCUACAUCGCAGCUGUAUAUGAGCACUGUGUUAUAUUGUCUGAGGAAACCAACCUACCAGUUUCUCCUGAAGAUGCUUUGGUGUUGAUGAACAAAAAUAUGGAUGUUUUGGAAACAGCCAUCAAAGCAGCAGCCCAGCAGGGAGCACACAUCAUUGUGACCCCUGAAGAUGGCGUUUAUGGCUGGGUCUUCACGAGAGAAACUAUUUACCCCUACCUGGAGGAUAUCCCGGAUCCACAGGUGAAUUGGAUUCCCUGUACUGAUCCUGAAAGGUUUGGUCCUGCCCCAGUGCAAAAACGACUCAGCUGCAUGGCAAGAAGCAACUCCAUCUAUGUGGUUGCUAAUAUUGGGGACAAGAAGCCCUGUAAUUCCAGCGAUCCCAAGUGUCCCAAAGAUGGUCGCUAUCAGUACAAUACUGAUGUUGUCUUUGAUUCAGAAGGGAAGCUGGUGGCACGUUACCAUAAGUACAACUUGUUCAUUACUGAAACAUAUUUUAAUUAUCCAGAGCCAGAGUAUGUGACUUUCAACACGUCCUUUGGAAACUUUGGUGUUUUCACUUGUGCAGACAUACUUUUCCAUGAUCCUGCUGUGGUCCUGGCAAGUAAAUUACAGGUGGAUACUGUGCUGUUCCCAACAGCUUGGGGGAAUACUUUGCCACUUUUGUCAGCUAUUCAAUUUCACUCUGCCUGGGCUAUGGGAAUGCGUGUCAACUUUCUUUCAGCAAAUACACGUAACUCCAGUGUGGAUAUGACAGGGAGUGGUAUAUAUGGACCAAAUGGACCCAUAGCAUACCAUUACAAUACAGAAACAGAGAAUGGUCAACUCCUUAUUGCACAACUGAACUCACGGCCUCAUCUCUCUCCCACCUACCCUCCUGCUGUCAACUGGAGCUCAUAUGCCACAAGCAUAAAACACUUCUCACCAACUGAUCAAGACUUCACCGGAGUCAUUUACUAUGAUCUGUUUACCUUCAUGGAGCUUACCAAGAUUGAAGGAAAUCAUACCGUUUGCCAGAAGGACCUCUGCUGCCAUUUGAGCUACCGAAUGGCAGAGAAGCGAGAGGAUGAAGUUUAUGUGCUAGGUGCGUUUAAUGGGCUCCACAUUGUUGAAGGCGAAUAUUAUUUGCAGAUAUGCACACUGCUGAAGUGUAAGAGCACAGAUUUAAAAACUUGUGGGCAGCCAGUGGCUACUGCUCAGACCAGGUUUGAGGCGUUCUCCCUCAGUGGCACAUUUGGCACUAGUUAUGUCUUUCCAGAAGUCUUGCUCAGUGGGGUUCAACUGGCGCCAGGAGAGUUUCAGAUAUUAAGUGAUGGGCGUCUGAUAAGCCAGAAUGGGACAUCCAAGCCGGUCUUGACAGUGGCACUCUUCGGGAGGUGGUAUGAGAAGGACCCACCACACCCACAGCAGGCUUCCCCAUAAUGUCACUAUUGAUGCCUUCUUAGAGUGUAACAUUUGCAUAACACUGAUGAAUGCUAAGUACUAUCAUUAUUUCUCCUCUUCUAAAAUCGUUCUGUAGUUUGCCUACAUUGGUUUGCUGUCAUGAUUCCAUUUCAACGCCACUGAAUAAGUCAGUGUCCAUCAGUCAUUGUCUUCACUGGCUGAUGGCCUCUGCUUGUGACAGGCCUGAUCCUGCUACCAUUUGGGUGAACUGAAAACUUGAUGCUUAAGGCUCAUGCCCUAUCUCAGCAGACAUUGGCCCAACCAGUAAAAUUUCCCUUUAGAGCCUGACUUCUUAAUACUCCAUAUAAUUUCUGUAGUAGUUGAAGUAAACAAUAGCAUAUCUGGGAUUUUGUUAGGUAUGUGUUAAAUGAGUCUUUAGAAAAAACAGAAGUUUAGGUAAAUAAUAAAUUAGAUUAAGUAUUAACAUCUUUCACAGAUUUGGAAAAUAACUAUGUUAAUAUAUUUUGCCAAAUAUACUAAUAUGACUUUCAAAUAAGUGUGCCUUUUAGUAGGUUAUCCCAUUACAAUAAAUUGCAAUUUCAAAAAGCUGAGUUUUCUAGAUGUGGCAUAUUUUUCCUAUGCAUUGUAUAUUAUGGGCACAUUUUUAAUAUCAUGCCCUUUUUAAAGAAAUGGAUUGUGUCAUGGAUU